AAAUCUGUGAGCAAGAAAGUUUAUCUCUUCUUCUCUCUUCAUCUUCCCCGUGCUCUCUAAGCGUACAGCUCACAACCUUAAGUCGCCGGCCGCAAUGGUGUCGACCGUCGAGCCUGAGCAAUCAACCGGCCAUUGCCAACACGUCCUCGUCAUGCGCCACAGCAACCGUGCCGACGACGGCGUCGACGAGUCGUGGUGGACCAGGGUCUCCAAGCCGUGGGACGCUCCAUUGACCGAUGCGGGCCGGAUCAAGGCGCUCGAAACUGGCCAGAAACUCCGGGCCGAGCUCGGGUUCCCGAUCCACCGGGUCGUCUCGUCGCCGUUCCGACGGUGCAUCGAAACUGCACGGGAACUGAUCGCCGGGCUCUCCACGGAGGGCGACGAGGCCAUGAACGUUGUGCUAGAUGAUGGCAAUUGCACUGACUCAUCAGCAUCAGGAAUCAAGGUAUGCAUAGAAUAUGGAAUGUGUGAGGUGUUCAACGACGUCGCAUUGUGGUAUCAUCCCACGGAUCGUGAUUCAUGGGGAUUUGACAUCGAAAAGCUCGAGGAUUCAUUUCCGGCCGGCAUCGUGGACCUCGCGCCGCACCGGGUGUUCAACGAGCUGCCACAAUGGGGAGAAAGCGAAUCCAGGGCAACAGAUCGAUACCUCCGCACUAUUCACUCCCUCGUUGACAAAUACCCUCAAGAAAAUUUGCUGUUCGUCACUCAUGGGGACGCAGUAAAAUACAUGGUCUCGACAUAUUGGAAGGAGGCAACAGGGUACAAAAUAAAAGCUGGCUAUUGCGGAAGCGUGCAUCUCAAGAGGCAAAUUAUUAGGAAUGGCGAUUUGUUCACUGCUAGAAAAUUUGGGAUCGCAAAGAACCCCGAAGAAACUGGCAUCAAGCGUGAGCCGAUACGAUACGCAUGAACUGGUGUUCGCACUUACGGUAUGUGAUGGUGGAGCAUUGGGAGGGUUUGAGUUGCUUUCUAUGGUGGUUUUGUCAUACAAAUUGCGAAAUUUUCAGAAUAUUUCUAUGUAUCAUCGUCACGAGAGAUUUGGAAAAUAAAGUGAAAUAUCUUAAAUAUCUCU